GGUGUCACUACUGGAGUCGGGCUGGCAGUCCUGAUCGGUUUAAUUUUUGCUCUUUAUCGCUAUCACAAGAGUAGCCUAGUGCCCAAGCCUUCCACCCAGCUUGCAGAGCCCUCUUUGUGCAGCGAAGGUAAUGAAUCUCGAUCCAAAGUCCUUGUCUUGACCAAACAAGGUGUAAUAAACUCCUUCCAUCCGCAACAGAAUUUCAACAUAUUUCGAGAACAACCAAAACAGUCCGAUUCGCAUGCCCCGGUAUUUGGAGCUGUUGCUUCCACGUUGACCUCAACCCAUUCUAGCGGUUCCACCUGCUCUGUCUUAAGUAUGGCUUCAACGUCGACCGUAAAAGCUCACGUGGAUGAACUUCAGGUACAACUGUCUUUGCCUGACGUUCAUGUACCGGAGGAAAAAGUGUCUCUGUCGCAAUCUAGUUAUUCUUUACCGAUGAUGAUGCGUCAUUCCCCGAUAGUGAGCAAAGUUCGUUCUCGUGAUGUUCGACAAUUUCCGCCAGUUCCUAUACUGUCAAUAUCGAGUCGUUCCGACAACCAGCAGUCGACUACGUUCAGUGAACUCCGAAGUCCAGCAACCCCACAUUACCGAAUUCCAUCUCCUGACACUUCCACUCUGUUUCCUGUACCAGAUCCAACAUUACGUCCCACUAUUGCAGGAACAAGACCGCGCUCUCCAGCGUCACCGCUGUUGUCUCCAUCUUACUCACUGACUUCAGAUUCUGGUGCCAGUCCUGGUACUGUAAGUCCUAUAGGAACCAUACAACCGGAUCUUUACACGAAAAAAGACAUGGUAUUUUUCCAGUCAUGCGACAGUGAGGAAGCGACCAAACAUGGUCGACUGCAUUUUCGAUUGAAGUACGAUUUCGAUCGAUCGGAUCUGGUGGUCCACGUGAUUGAAGCUCACGAUUUGGGAUCUCUAUCAGAAAACGGUUUCAACGAUCCUUAUGUCAAAGUAAUCUUGUUACCAGAGGUUGACAGCAAACAAAGACAGACAUAUAUUCGCAGAAACUCCAUAGAUCCAGUGUUUGAUGAAAUCUUCAAGAUUCCAGUCUCUUUCGAAGAGUUGCCUGAAAAAGUGCUUUUGCUUCAGGUAUUUGAUUACGAUAGAUUCUCACGAAACGACGUCACGGGUGAAGUGAGAGUACAGAUGUCCAAUGUUGACGUUACUACGGAUGUUGAAGUGUGGAGUGACAUCAUCAAAAUGGAACAGGUCUCUAAAGAUAGGCCUGAAAUUUUGCUGUCGCUCAGUUACUUACCUUCUGCCGGACGAUUGAAUGUCGUUAUACUAAAAGCUUCAAACCUGAUGUCAUCAGAAGAUAAAGAAGUACCUGAUUCUUACGUGAAAGUUUGUCUUACAUACGGAGAUAAAAGGAUGAAAAAGAAGAAAACGACCAAAAAAGGAUCUAGAAACCCAGUGUGGAACGAAGCGUUAAGUUUUGAUAUAUUGGAAGAGGACUUGAAACAGUGUAACCUUAUGGUGAAUGUUGCCAAGGGUCAUCAUGGUAAUUCUCUACAUUUGGGUGCCUGUAGUUUGGGUGAAAAUGAAAGUGGUAAAGGAAUGUCUCACUGGGAAGAUAUGUUGCAUAACCCUAGAAAAUCCAUAGCUAUGUGGCAUAACCUGCAUUCGUGAUUAUCUUUUGUUUGAAACUUUGAAACUACGUCAAAUGUAAUUUGUGGUAACAUUGUGAAAUGUCUCUUUUUUUGUUUUUUAACGUACGCAUGUUGUUAAGUACAGCAUCUGUAUUUAGUAGAAAACACGAGUUAAAACCCUGACAUCUCAUGAGGACGAAAAUUUCUUGUCAGUAGGAAGUAGAAAUUUCAUCCUUCAUUA